CCGUCGCUCCGUCGCUCGCUCCGUCAGCGGCCAGGAGGAGGAGGCGGCGGCGGGCGAGGAGCCGCAGCGCUGCCGGGGCCAUGGGCUGCCGGGCGGGGGCCGCCGCCGCCCCUCGCCGCGCCCGGUGACGACCCCGCCGGCUCGGGGGAGAAGAUGGCGGAGAGGCUGGAAUGGGUGGAAAUCAUAGAGCCUCGGACGCGGGAGCGCAUGUACGCCAACCUGAUCACGGGGGAGUGCGUCUGGGACCCCCCCGCCGGCGUCCGCAUCAAGCGCACCAACGAGAACCAGUGGUGGGAGCUCUUUGACCCCAACACCUCACGCUUCUACUACUACAAUGCCUCCACCCAGCGGACCGUGUGGCACCGGCCCCAGAACUGCGACAUCAUCCCCCUGGCCAAGCUCCAGACCUUGAAGCAGAACACCGAGUCCCCCCGGGCAUCCACCGAGAACAGCCCCGGGCGCAGCAGCAAUGUCAGCCGCGAGGGCAGCACCAGCUCCUCCCAGGAGCAGGAGCCGGAGGGCGGCGGGGAGAAAGUGCAGGAGCAGAGCCGGACCCACCGGCAGCCCUCCCAGUUCGCCACCGUCAAGGAAGAAACGGAAAGUUCCUCGCCUCCCGGAGUUUUCGAGAAGGAAUACGAGAUCUAUCGGGAUUACGGCUCCGACGGGCAGCGGCUGCAAUACAGGGCAUCGUCACUCCGGUGGAACACGGGGACCAAGGAGCGGAUGCUCAUCAAGGUGACGGACCGUGAGCCCAGCUUCCUCAUGCACCAGGGCAACGGCUACACUCCCGACAACCAGCAGGGCACGCGGUCUCGCCGGCCCUCGGGCGGCCAGCCGUCCCCCAACCUCCAGACUUUUGCCCCCGACUCAGACAACUCUGUCUUCUUCCCAGAGAGGAAGCAGUCGCCCUUCCUGAAGCGGGCCGAGCACGUUGGCAGCUGCUCCCCGCUGCUGGGGCGCGGCGACUCCUUCUGCUCCCCGCUGCAGGCCCAGCACCGCAAGCACUCCAGCGAGUCGCAGCCGUCGUCUCCCCGCUAUGCCUACGAGCCGCCCCUGUACGAGGAGCCGCCCAUGGAGUACCAGGCUCCUAUCUAUGAUGAGCCGCCCGUGGACAUGCAGUUCGAGGCCAGCGGAAGCUACAAGGCUGGCUCGCCGCAGAAGUCCCCGAUCCGCAAGCCGCACCCUUUCCUGCAGUCGCCCAAGCAGGGCUCCAAUUCCCCCUACCAGCAGCUUGUCCUGACCAAGCAGAAGGGGCCCGACCGCUUCAUGAGCUUGGAGUACAGCCCCGCCGGGAAGGAGUACGUCCGUCAGCUGGUCUACGUUGAGCAGUCGGGCUCCAGCCCCAAGAUGAAGACCGGCUUGCGGCACAAAUACUCACCGAACCCCAUCGGCGGCUCCUACUCACUCCAACACAGCCCUUGCCUGGUGAGGGACCAGCGGCUGGAGGUCAAGUCCGGGGACUACAGCAGCAUGGAAGGGGCGGACUUCCGGCACAGCCCGCCCGUCUCGCAGGGGGAUGACUCCAUGUCGUGGUCCAGCCAACACAACACCAUGUCCUCCACCGGCUACUCGCCCGGCACGCGCAAGAGAAAAAGCCGGAAGCCGUCGCUCUCGUACGACCCCAACGCCUCCUCCACCGACGGCUCGGGCGAGCGGGAGGAGGGGCUGGCGGAGGAGAGGGCGCCCUCGGGCUGCAGCCGGCCCCAGAUGAACCGCAUGGAGAGCCGGUCGGUGGAGGCCGAGUCGACCCGGGGCUUCCCUGAGCCCUUCCUGGCCCAGGCCCGGCUGGCGUGGGAAGCCCAGCAAGCCCACUACCACAUGCGGCAGAGGAGCAGUUGGGACUCGCAGAAGGACGGCUCGGGCUACGAGAGCGAUGGAGCGGUGCCCCUCCCCAUGCCGGGGCCCGUGGUGCGGGCCUUCAGCGAGGAUGAGGCACUGGCCCAGCAGGAGAACAAGCACUGGAAGCGCAACACCUUCGAGAAGCUCGGCUUCCCCCAGAUCCUGCUGGAGAAGAGCGUGUCGGUACAGACCAACCUGGCGUCGCCCGAGCCGUACCUGCAUCCGUCCCAGUCGGAGGACCUGGGCGCCUGCGCGCAGUUUGAGAGCAGCCGCCAGAACCGGAACAUGAUGCCUAGCACCAGCUGUGUCUUCCCCACCUUCAACCUGCGAAAGCCUUCCUCGGAGACGGACAUCGAGAACUGGGCCUCCAAGCACUUCAACAAGCACACGCAGGGCCUCUUCCGCCGCAAGGUCUCCAUCGCCAACAUGCUGGCCUGGAGCAGCGAGUCCAUCAAGAAGCCCAUGAUCAUGACCACCGACCGCAACGUCAAGAAGGAAGCGUGCGAGAUCUUCAAGCUCAUCCAGAUGUACAUGGGCGACCGGAGGGCCAAAGCGGACCAGCUCAACGUGGCCCUGGAGAUCGCCACCAAGGGCUGGAGCAUGCAGGGCCUCCGGGACGAACUCUACAUCCAGCUCUGCCGGCAGACCACCGAGAACUUCCGCUACGAGAGCCUGGCGCGGGGCUGGGAGCUCAUGUCCAUCUGCCUGGGUUUCUUCCCCCCCACGCCCAAGUUCCACUCCUACCUGGAAGGGUACAUCUACAGGCACAUGGAUCCGGUGAACGACACGAAAGUGACUCAGCACAUUAAAGAACUCCUGGAAAGGAACAAUAAGAAGUCGUCCAAAUUGAGAAAGAAACCCAAGCCCUAUAUGGAGGAACGCCAUGGGGUGGCAAUAAGCACUUACGCCAAGUACUGUUACAGCAAGCUCCAGAAAGCAGCGUUGACCGGCGCCAAAAAGGGCCUGAAGAAGCCAAACAUCGAAGAGAUCCGGCACGCCAAGAACGCCGUCUUCAGCCCUUCCAUGUUCGGCAGCUCCCUGCAAGAGAUCAUGAACAUGCAGAAGGAGAGGUACCCCGACCGCCAGCUCCCAUGGGUGCAGACGAGGCUGUCGGAGGAGGUGCUGGCCUUAAACGGAGACCAGACCGAGGGCAUCUUCAGAGUCCCCGGAGACAUCGAUGAGGUCAACGCCCUCAAGCUGCAGGUCGACCAGUGGAAAAUCCCCACCGGCUUGGAAGAUCCUCACGUCCCCGCCUCCUUGCUGAAACUCUGGUAUCGAGAGCUGGAGGAGCCCCUCAUCCCCCACGACUUCUACGAACAGUGCAUCACCCACUACGAGGACCCCGAAGCCGCGAUUGCUGUUGUCCACUCCAUGCCCAGGAUCAACAAGAUGGUGCUCUGCUACCUCAUCCGCUUCCUCCAGGUGUUUGUGCAGCCGGCCAACGUGGCGGUCACCAAAAUGGACGUCAACAACUUGGCCAUGGUGAUGGCCCCCAACUGCCUACGCUGCCAGUCGGAUGACCCGCGCAUCAUUUUCGAGAACACCCGCAAGGAAAUGUCCUUUAUGCGGGUGCUGAUCCAGCACUUGGACACGAGCUUCAUGGAAGGGGUCCUAUAGCGCUGGUGCCCGCGGAGCCCAAACAGAACUGGGCGUAUCGCCGACCCGUCAAAAGCCCUACCACCACCACCACCCCAAACCUCCACCCCAAAGCCAGCCGGUCCGCCGGAACUGUUCUUGACGCAGCAAAGGAAACGUCCUCGGUCGGCACCCGGGCAGAGAGAGAGGGAGGGAGGUCGCUCCGGGUUUUGCCCACACGGCCUGCCUCUCCGGCUGAGCCGCUGAUGUGCACGGCAUUCCCCUGCUGCUUCUGCUGUGGACAAAAAGACCCACACUGCCCCACAGCAGCCCCCUGCCUGGAGACGGAGCAGCCCAGUCGUCGGGAGGAACAGCAGGAUAGUUCUGAUCCGGAGAGUCUGCAUUAAUGGGCAUCCUGGCAAGAUUCAGGUGAACUGUGGGGUUGAGCGGGGAGAGGCAGGGGACUGCCUUCCUCCUCCCCAACCUGCACUUUUCGGGGGGAGGAAGGGGUCAGGACAGGAGU